AUGUCCAGCUCCAAUCCUUCAGCGGAACCUGCUUUGCAGCCUUCCACUCCUUUUGGACAGUUUAUAAAACAUAACCUCCACCAAGAGAUGUUCUGCGAAACCAACAACCGCUUCACUGUGAAAGAAGUUCUAACACAGCAGGAGAAAACACAAGGAAAAAGAGUGGUUGUGGAAACUGCUCUCAUUACAGAAAUAGACAAGAAAAGAAGAAAGGUUCCUGGUUGUGAUAAAGAGUUUGACGAACUAGCAUUGAUGUACCAAAAGGAGCUCGUUGAAGCGAAAGAAGUUGAUCUACAGGACAUUUCUGAUAAGGCUGAUGAUUAUUUUCGUUUCCACAUGGAAGAGAUGAAAAAGGAGAUGGAUGAGAAGAUUUGUAGUAUGAAGAAAGAGUGUGAGGACAUGAUCCGUAGUUUUAAUAAAGAGUUUGAGAUCAAGAUUAGUGCUAUUAAGCAACAUUGUGAUGAGAUGAUCAGGACAAAUAAACAAGAGUUUGAUGAGAUGAUUAGGAGCAUGAAGAAAGAGUGUGAUGAGAUGAUCAGGACAAAUAAGCAAGAGAUUGAUAAGAAGAUCAACGUUUUGGAACACAUGCAACAAAACCAUGCCAAUGAACUCCAAGAACUGAAGUCAGAUAUGGGCCGUAUGAAAGAGGAAUUACACACUGUGGAAGGAUGGUGUGGUUGCUUCUAUUUAGGUGCAGGGAGACUGUCGUCACUUCGUCAUGGAAAAAUUGUGUCCGAUUUGCUGCAGAAAGAUUUCGACAACGUCCUGCCAAGUGUUUUAGGGACCAAACCUAAUGCGUUGGAUGUAUCUCAGUGUUUCCAGAUUAACGUUUGUACGGAAAACAAUGCAGAUGAGGUGAGAGGUAACGUGUUGAACGAACUUAAAACCAGGUUAGCUCCACUUCGAGAUCAUUUAAUCAAGAGAAAAGAAUAA